CAGGGCGAUAGGUCCAAAAACUGAAACGAAAUUAGACCGUUUUCCGCCCUAAUCUAACCAUUUUAUCCGGCCCAAACAGCCUCCUAACGCAACGAAACCAGAACUCCAGAAGCCCUGCGCAGAAGUGCAGAACGCCCACAGGCCACAGCCAACUCAUCGUCUCAUACUCUCUGACACCGACCUCAAGCCGCCCAGACGCCAUCGCAGCAACGGCUGCGAGCUUCCGACGCUUGGCCGCCUCCCGACCGGCCCGUCCCCGCCCCUUCCCAGCGGACCUGCAGCCUGCAAUUUCAAUUGUUCCCAGCCUCCCAGCCCUUUCGCCCCUUCGCUCCCCUGCCCUUCAGUGCUUCCUGGUUUUAGGCAGCUGAGGAUAACAAGAUGAUCCGAAGAGUUAGUCAAAUCAACUUUCUGAGUUCUUCAACCCCGACCUCUCUCAAAGCUCUGAGCUACCAAUUUCUGCAGCGGUGCACAGUGAGCAGAACAGCAAAGGGUAAGGGAAAAGUGAAGGCAGGACAAACCUUGAAGAGAACCAAAAUUUCUACUAAAAAGGGUUCAGAAGUUACACCUAAAGAGGCUCCUAGAAGAAAAAGUGAAUUUGAUGACAUGCUCGAGGAGUGUUUGAGCUCUACUCCGCCGCUUCGUUUUUUGAAGCCGAAAGAGCUGGCCCGAGAGGCAGAGAGAGAGAAAAUGGGCAUACUUUCCAAGGCCCGUGAAGAUGAGAAGAAGAAGCUGAAGAAGAUGGGGAAGGAGUUUGAAUCUCCUUGGAUGAUUGGUACUCCGGGUUUGGACUUGAUCUCUUUGGGCCUUGUUGACGCUGAGAAGAUACCAAAGUAUGAUCUGACAGUUGAGGAUGGGCGGAGGCUAGCAAAGGAGUAUAGUAGGGUAAUGAUGAGGAAGCAUAGGGCAAGGCAGGCUUCUGAGUCAACACUGUUGAGGUUGAAGAAAGAGGCUAUUGAAGCUUUGCCGGAUGAUCUAAAAGCUGCUGCUUUGGUUCCAGACCUAACUCCAUUUCCCAUGAACCGGUUUAUGGCAACACUGACCCCUCCAAUCGAAGGAUACAUUGAGAAGGUUCAGGAGGCAGCAAGAAAGAGCUCUGCAAAGGAAAAGCUCAGAUGACAGACCUAUGAGGUCAGUCUGUUUUUCUUUUAUGAUGGUUUGUGCCCCAAUAUUGUUGAACUCAAGUGCAUUCAGUUGGAGAGUAUCAGUGUUGGAACAAAGCCAUUUUAUUUGACCUACAUUGUCUGGGUGCGGGUCCCUUUUUCUAUAUUUGGGCUAUUUAUUCCCAAUGUGGUCUAAAGACUACAAAAAGUGAAUUUGUAGCUGUUGUUUUUAGCAAUAAGAGAUGCAAAUGUCAUUGUUCAAUGUUGCACAAGGUGCUAGAUUCUGGCUGCUAUACUAGUGAUGGAGUGGAUCAGUGGAAUCUAGCUUUUAGAUUAGGAUUAAGUGGGGUUAUGCUCAACAUAAAUGCAAUCAGAUGGUACUUAAUUAGAAAAAAAAGCUACACUACAGCAUUAUCUAGUGUUAGGCGGAUAUUAUUCCGGUGAGAAAUUUUACAAUGUCACUAUCAGACAGCAUGAGGACAAGAAGAUGCAUACGCAAACCCCAUUAGUGAAUGGAAUUAAGACUCAACUCAAGUUUUUUUUAGACUAACUAGAAAGUUGAAGCCUGGAGUUAAGUAUGGCUGGCUGAGAAUUCCUCCAUUUGAAAUUAUUAUGAGCUAUCUUUAGCAAAGGAGUUCAAUUUUAUAAAACUGUGGAUUUUGGUGUACUUAUUUUAAUCUUGUUUUACUUGUAAUUCAUAUUAUUUAGCAUAUUAUUUUUUUAAUUUGCUUAUUUUCUCAAGCUUGUUGGUGAUCUUUUUAAGUU